CUACACACUGCCUUGCGGCCUCAAAGACACCAUGCCCGACCUCCUCCCCACCACCACCCAAGGCAGCGAGUGUCUCCCGUGGGGCCUGGUGUUGCCACUCUGCGACGAGGCGGCCCACUGCUGCGCCACGAGUGCAUCUUGCUCACCGCUGGGCUCACUUCCUUCGCGGCCGUCACUGUGGUUGGCGUCGUCAUUUUCGUCGACCGAUUGGGCCUGCCACACUGAGGAGCGAGAGAGGGGCCGGUCGCCAGGCUGCAGAGAGAAAGAAGACAUAUUAUGGGGCGGAUGGACCUCGAUGUGUAUGUCUUGUUGGGUGACCUGAGGUGAGACGAAAGAUGCAGCGUGAUGGCCUGGAGACACUCACACACACAUACGAGCAAUCGUACAAGAGACAUACACAACCGCUCCCUUACGUUCUGAAGCAUCGUUGAGUACAGACGGCACAGACGGUGAGGCAAUAUAGUGGGGCAGGUGCAUCCUCGGCAGCGGCACGAGGGACGGUAGAACAGCAGCAGCAAUGUCAGGGUCGCUCCUCUGCUCACCCUCUGGCCCAGAGCCAGACACCGACCGAGCGUGUGGGAGGGGCGAGAAGGCCUGCACGAAGGCCGCAAGUGCACUCGUGACGCUCGGCCGCCGAGACGGGAUGAAGUCAUCUCCUUCGUCAUCAGAAGACACCCCUUGCUGCUGCUGGCCGUCAGGGCUGUCAAUGGGCUGCUGACUGUUGUCGGCAAUUUCUUCGGCGAUUGUCGCGGCGGCGCCGCACCGGUGAUGGGGAAGAACGGAGACACACAACACAACACAACACAACACAAGUGCGUGUGCGUGUGUGGAUGGCUGGUGAGUGAGACACAGACAGGUUCACGUAUGUAUACCAUUGGCACGUCUUGAUUCUCGCCUUUCAGAUUCUGAAUCCACGACCGAAUGCACUCUGACAGACAGACAGACAGACCAAGAGAGGAACCAGAUGGAUGGCUCCCUCCAGACACAAAGAAAGGAGGAAACACUGACUGACUGACCUUUGUGGAAGACUGCGGCACAAAGAAAAGAGACCGACAGCAACUGAGAUGCGCGUGAAUGGUUUGUGUGCUCUUAUUACUCACGGUGGCCGCACGGCAGCCUCUUGCAGAGGUCACCCGCCUCAAAACUCUCAAGACAUAUCUGUUCAAACGACAGACACAUGUGGAAGGAAGGGUGAUCGAUCGAUUGACGGUGUCUGUCUCUCUUCCUUCCCUUUACUUCUUAAUUAGUUACCACACAUGCGUCUGAAUGAAUGAAUACAAGCCAUCCAUACACACACACACCAUAUGAUUGGCGCAUACCAUCCAUCCAUCGUCCUGCCUGCUCCUCCUUUCCGUGCUCCCCUACGGACCUUGGUGUGUGAGUUUGGCCCGCUGCUGCUGGUGUCUGUGUCCGAUUCUGAGCCACUGCGGCACCAGGCUGCUCCGCGGCACCGUCACUGACAUUAUCGACUGUGCGGAGGGGCGACUCGACGGCAGGGGACUCAGCAAGAUGGGCGAACACAAACCUGCAUGACCCAGGAGGCCGUCCGUGUGCAUUGGAUACAUUGACGGAUACGGACAAGCUUUCCCACACACCGUCGUUCCAUUCGAUGGUUCUCAUCGCGUCAAGCUGAGGACAACGGACGGAAUCCGGCAGCGUGCAAGAGGGCGUGGCGUCGCUGGCGGCAUACCUGUGCCAGGACGGCUUUCCUUCUGAGACUGUUUCGUCUGUUCCGCCGGCUGCGCUCACGCCUCCGUGCCUCGCGGGCCUCCUCGUCGGCAGCAGACUGCUCAGCAUCCCUCUGCACACCCACAGGAAGAGAAAAGGGAGAGACAUACAUGCUGAUAGCUCAACUCGCUCACUGUGUUGGAUGUGGUAGAAUUUAUCUGGUCUGCGUCAUUCUUGAGCAGCAUGCUCCAGCUGCACACACAUAUGAACUGAGGACGGCAAUGGACAUAAACACACACACACAGAGGAGCGGAUGUGCUGAUUGUGCGCGUUGCUGGUGCUCGCUCCUACCAGGUUGACGCCUGCAGUCAGUGAGUGCAGCACAGAGAACAUACAGACGUGUGUAUGCCUGUGGUUUGCACUGUGUUGUGCAGUGUGUGCAUGGCUGACCGACCUACCGAGCAGGCUGAUAAAGAUCAGAAUGAGCGUCAUGGAAUACGAAUACAAAAUGUCUGUGGGCCACCCAGCCAUCUCAACGCACCAUCAACCAGUGGUCAUUCAUUUUGUGUCUGCUUACUGGCCGAGUCCCCGCAGGUUCUGGCGUCCAGUGCCCACUUGAAGCCCACAAAAUACCUAUACGCCGACGACACACUCACUGGACCAGUGCAUGUGAUGAUGAUGAGCGCUUUGUGAGGGCUGCAAACCAUGCAAAAAAGAACAAUGUCAGCAGGCGAUUCCCUGCAAUACCGGCCGACAGAUAGACAUACAAAUGCGAUAAUGGACAACGAGACACUCGUGCAUUGAUGCAGGCAGGCAGGCAGCCACCGUAGAAGAUAGGAUGUCUCAGAAGUCGGUUGACCUGCACCAGGGCCGAUGCCUCCCUCCCACGAUUCAGCCGAAGCCGUUCCUGGCUCUGACGAAUCAUCAUCAACCUGAGCACACACAGAGAGAGAGAGACACACACACACAGAGAAGACGUCACAUGUCUUUUCUGUCAUCCAUUCCUGCCACCGCCCACGUGCGCAGACGUAGAGGGAUCUUGAUAGCAUUCAAACCUGCACCAGGACACAUAAUGAGCCAACACAAGCGGCACACGAGCAGAGGGCUCACCAGCCAUUGUC